GGCUCGUGGCAGCAGAGUUGCAGUAGAGUACGACAACUUGAGUUAGGCUUUCCCUUUCGGGUUCGUUCUCUCUUGUAGUUCUCUUUUUUCUGCCUUCUUUCUCUUCGGGGCUGAGCUCUUCCACGCUUCUCCUCCAUGGCUGCUAUGAUGUUCGUAGCACUCUUUCUCACCGUGCUUCGUGUUUCUGAUGCUGCUUGGUGUGUUUGUAGGCAAGAUGCGAGCAACUCUGCUCUUCAGAAAACCAUAGAUUAUGCCUGUGGAGCUGGGGCUGAUUGUAAUCCUAUUCUGCAGAAUGGCCCCUGUUAUAAUCCUAAUUCAGUUCUUGCCCACUGCACAUAUGCUGCUAACAGCUACUACCAGAGGAAGGGUCAGGCUCAGGGAGCUUGUGACUUUGCUGGAACUGCAGUAAUGACCCAAACUGACCCAAGUAGCAAUGGCUGCUCUUAUCCUUCCUCACAAAGUGCUGCAGGGAGCAGCAGCAGCACUGGUAAUGGAACCUCAACACAGAACCCAGGCUCAGGUUCAAGUUCAAGCGGCUUGACUCCAACCCAAAGUGGAGCAGGAGGAGUUCUGGGAGGUCUCGGUCCUUCAGGAACUGCCACCAGCAUAGAUGGCAGUGAUGCUGCUUCUCUCCCAAAUCCAAACUUUUCUCUGUUUCUAAUCAUUUUUCUAUCUGGUUUGGUUUUUCUGAGGCUCUGAUUGAAUACUGGGAAGGAAAUAUAUAUAGAUAUAUACGAUGAGUUGGUGAGAAGAAGUGGGUUUUGAUUCCUCGUGGCUGUUGAUCGACUCAUGAGCAAUAGAGUGGGGGUUGGGGUGGCUGAGAGUAGUGUGUUAGAAUGAUCUGUCACUCUGCACUUUUUUUCAUAUUUUAUUUUUUGUUUAUUUGAAGUAUGUUGUGAUAUUUCUUUUGUAAAUCUAUGGUGGCAGAACUUGUAAUUGAAUUCUGAUGAAGAUGAGCGAACUUGUUGUUGCAGCAAUUUGGU